AAAGGCUACCUGAGAAGUCUCUCUCCAUCUCUCUUUCUUUUUCUCUCAAAAGCUUUCCUAAACGAGGAGGAACGGAAAGAAAAUGACUCACCGUCUAGCUCCCCGAUGUUUUCAGAUCAUGCUUCUAUGUCUUCUAAUCACUUCACCUAUAGAUGUUAUAGCUCAGGGAGGACAAGGUGAUAUACCAGUUGUUAAUCCUACAUCUCCCGGUGGCAGUACCACCACACCAACCAUAACACAACCAUCUCCGCCUUCCACAACAUUCCCUGGUCCAAUCACCAACCCAAAUACACCAACCGGCGGUUAUCCACCACUUGAUGGUACACCACCUACCGGUGGUGGCUAUCCACCACUUGAUGGCACCACACCAACAGGUGGUUACCCACCACUUGAUGGUACCACACCAACAGGUGGUGGUGCACCUGGUGGAGGUGGAGGUGGUGGUGACACCGGUGCAGGUGGUGGUGGUGGUGCACCUGGUGGAGGUGGAGGUGGUGACACCGGUGCAGGUGGUGGUGGUGCAACUGGUGGUGGCGGUGGUGGUGACACUGGUGCAGGUGGUGGAGGUGGUGGUGGUGGUGGCCAGUGGUGCAUAGCUAAGGCAAAUGCUUCGCCAACAUCAUUGCAGGUGGCUUUGGAUUACGCUUGUGGGUAUGGAGGAGCUGAUUGUGGCCAGAUCCAACAAGGUGCAAGCUGUUAUGAGCCUAACACUAUCCGUGAUCAUGCUUCCUUUGCUUUCAAUAGUUAUUACCAGAAGCAUCCUGGUUCAGACAGCUGCAAUUUUGGUGGGGCAGCACAACUUACCAGCACAGAUCCAAGUAAAGGAAGCUGUCGCUUCUCAUCAUCAUCAGGAACAGUCAGCACAAGCCCGCCAAGUCAACCGAGUCCACCAGAUUUUAGUUCCCCACCUUCUACUACAUACCCACCCCCAAUAACAACUCCAACUAUAGGCAUACCUGGUUCUGGACCACCCUUCGGCGUAGCAGAGCCAACAGGGCUUCCGAGUUCAGCAACUACUGUGUCACAUAGCUUCCUCUCAAUAUUUACAGCAAUUGGGAUACUAAUGCCAUUGCUCAGGCAAAAUUAUCUUUAAACGGACAAGGGUUUCCAGGGUUUCAAUCAUUCUCUGCAAAUCACAAAGCGUGUUUUCUAUACAUACCAUCACGAUGUAUGGAGUUCAAGAAAGCAAGCCGUGAUCAGCAAAGAAGAUUUUAAUCCCAAGACCUUGCACUCAUCAUCUGUUCUCUUGCUAUAGUUCAUCAUGGAAAGUAUAUUUAUUUACUAGGAGAUAUUACAAAAUCAAAGGGCUUAGGAUAUAUACAUUCUUGUAGACUCAUUAAGCAUAAUGUAUCUCUCCACAGUUUUAGAGAGUAAAAUACUU